AUGUCCACUGACAAUGUCAACGAGUCAAUGUCUAUGUUCUUUGAUGAUGAGUUUAAUCCAUCCACUUAUAUCGACAAAUUAGUCACUUCAGUCACCACUCACCAGAGCUCCUCCAUAUCAACUGCACCACCAUCGAUAGUAUAUUCCAAACAAUCGCUAACAAAACUAUCACAUACCAUUAACCAGUUAAUCACUCACUUUGAUUACUAUGUCAAUGAUAUAGCCAACAACAAUUUGCAUGAAAAACUCGAAAUGUUGGACAAAUCAAGUACAUUGAUCCAUACAUCAUCUGGUGAACAGGAGCAACAACAAGGCAAUGGUGGUAAUGGUGGUGGUGGUAAUGGUAAUGGUAAUGGUAAUGGUAAUGGUAACAGUACAUCAAGAUUACAAUACCAUUUGAAUAUCCUUGAUAAUUCGAUAUUAUCUUUACAAUCAGAGCUUGUUGAAAUCAAUAAAUCUAUCGAGGUAAACGAAACAAUCAAUAAUGAAGCAGUACAGACUUUGAUUCACUUGAAAUUGGUCAAAAAUAACUUGAAACUUGUCAUUGAAGUAUUGGAAACUAUAAGCAACGCAAUCUCGAAAAUAAAUGAAACUAAAUUGACAUACACAGUGGACGAGUUUCAACUGGUCCUAGAUGAGUUAUUGGCUAGUAUCAAACAACAAUUGACCGCCACUAGUGGAGGAGACAAGUCUGUUCUACUUGAUCAUAUUGAUAAAUUGAUAUCGAUGCAAAAUGUGUUUCUUGAUUUAAACAACUUCAACCCCGUGUACAAGAGAUUCAUAACCAAGUUGAUUACUGAACGAGAUUCCCAUUUGUUGAAGUGA